UUACUGUAUCGGUUGACUGGUUUCCGCCAUGAAAUGAGUGUUACGUCCUUAGAAGGCUACCGUACUUUUUAAAUAGCUCUGGAUACCGGGCCCACUAUACCGUGUAGGACGACAGGACCGGCAGUACAACAUGAAUUUGGGCGACACCUUUCCCGAUUUUGAAGUCGAUACAACAGCUGGAAAAUUGAAACUCCACCAGUUUAUCGGAGAUAGUUGGUGUAUCCUGUUUUCGCACCCAGCAGACUAUACUCCGGUAUGCACUACUGAACUGGGGAAAUGCGUGCAACUGGAACCCGAGUUUCAGAAGAGGGGAGUCAAGAUGAUCGCGCUUUCUUGUGAUGACGUCCCAAGUCACGAGGGCUGGUCCAAGGAUGUUAUGAACUUUGCUAAAUGUUCCACAGGAAAGCUUCCGUUUCCGAUCAUUUCGGAUAAAAGCAGAGAUUUGGCCGUCAAGCUGAAGAUGGUGGAUCCGAGUGAAAAAGACAACGCAGGUCUACCUCUCACGUGUCGUGCUGUGUUUAUUAUUGGCCCCGACAAGAAGCUAAAACUGUCAAUGUUGUACCCAGCAACAACGGGACGAAACUUUGUAGAAAUCCUGAGGGUCAUCGAUUCCCUCCAGCUGACCAUGAACAAAAAAGUAGCAACCCCAGAAGGAUGGAAGCAAGGUGAAAAGUGCAUGGUCCUGCCUUCCAUUCCCCAGGAAGGCAUUGACAAAGUCUUUCCAAAAGGAGUCACUAUCCAGGACGUGCCUUCCGGGAAACCUUAUCUGAGAUUCACCCCCCAACCGGAGUAGCUCCAACCGGUUGAAAAUGAUUAGUUCAUAUAUUGUUAUAAUCAUCAUGAUACAUUGUUACAAUUAAUAAAUUCAUACAGAGUAGUAAAUAUUUUUGUGUGAAAAUCGAG